GUUAAUCACAUUACAAUCGUCCAGCUAAAUAUUCAGUGAGUACAAUUCAUAUGGCAGAAAUUGAAAAUAAGAGUGGAGAUGGGAGGUGGUCACUUAAGGGCAUGAAUGCCUUAGUAACCGGCGGCACCAAAGGCAUAGGGUAUGCUAUAGUAGAAGAAUUGGCAAGUUUUGGGGCGACCGUUUAUACGUGUUCGCGUAAACAAGAGGACCUCGAUAAAUGCUUUCAAGAAUGGAAGAAUAAAGGAUACAAAGUAAUGGGUUCAGUAUGUGAUUUGUCAUCCAGACCCCAACGCCAACAGCUAAUGGAGAAAGUUGCUGAUUAUUUUGAUGGAAAGCUCCACAUUCUUGUGAAUAAUGCUGGAACAACUAUUACAAAGCAAGCUACAGAUUUCAGUGAUGAGGAUUACUCAGUGAUAAUGAAUACUAAUUUUGAGGCAUCCUACCACCUUUCUCAACUUUCACACCCUCUUCUAAAGGCAACCGGACAUGGAAGCAUUGUAUUUAUCUCUUCUGUUGCUGGGCUUUUGGCCGUGCCUUUUAAUUCUCUCUACUCUGGAUCCAAAGGGGCAAUAAAUCAAGUGACAAAGAGUUUAGCAUGCGAGUGGGCAAAAGACGGUAUUCGUGUUAAUGGUGUGGCUCCAUGGAUCAUCGAGACUCCACUUAGUGCUGCAGUGAAUACAGCUUUUAAGGCAGGAGAGGUAGAGGGCGUAAUAGAAAGAACUCCAAUAAGCAGGGCAGGAAAGCCUAAUGAAGUUUCAUCACUUGUUGCCUACUUGUGUUUACCAGCUGCUUCUUGGAUUACUGGACAAAUCAUCUCUGUGGAUGGAGGCAAAACUGCCAAUGGCUUUUAAUUUUAUAUCAUUAUUAUAUUAUUAUUAAUAUUAUUAUUGCUCUUCUCUUUACAAUAAGUCAAUAACGUAAUAUAAUAAUGCUUGUGUGUGUGUAUUUCAGUCA